CGACGACGUGACGGAUUCAAGUUGCAGGCCCUUCAACGUGAAAGCUUGAAAGCACCGCGAACUGGUCCAAUACAGAACGUCUCAUGAUCCGAGCUGCGCACCACAAUCUGCCUUCGACAAUGCAUUCCUCGCAAGGCCACCGCGCAUCUGUCAAAAAGUGCUUUUGUCAUCAGCUCAUCAGAAAAUCCUCACACCUAAGCUUCAUUGAUCAUAAUAGAAAUUCAGAAUCGACGGUGAGAUCUAGGCCAUGUUCCAGUGCUGACAAAAUCGAUAUCCCGGACGAAUGUCAAAUUUAACACGACAUCUUAUGGUCCUCCCAUCAAUGGUGUGUCUUCCCAAGGGGGAAAGUCUUUCUAUGAUCCCUCUCGGUCCUCUCAAGGCCGAUGCGAUGUCAGCGCUCGUUGAAAAGAUUGAAGUUGGCCUGUCUAUCGUUGUCACGACUGAGGAUCCGGUCCAACCGCCGUUCAGCUCGGAAAACAGGGGCAAUUUGCUAGUUGGUGAUGCUUGCAACAUAUACUCAGACUGGCGAUGUCGCACGUCUCAAUCCCGUAUGCUUUCCAAGGUCUCCUCGUUCCUAGCGAGCGCAGUGUCCAGAGCUUGUGCAUGAAGAGCCCGCGCACUCGGGUACGGAUCUUGGGAUACAGCGAUUUCCAAGCACUUCAUCGUCUUCUCAUGACAACCGUCUCCGUUUUGCGAUAAUUGCAGCGGUGACGCAGAGCGGUGAUGGAUGGCACACAG